AUGCCUCUUGAGGAUGCGGCGUUUGGUCGGCACUUCGUGCCUGAUGACGGCCCUGCUGCUGAGGUCUUGGCUCGCAAACGCGCCGCCACCUAUCAGCGCCUCACCAUGCAGCUGACGCUGGAUGCGCUCUUGUCUGGUGCGAGGCGCAUGACGCCCUUGCGGGCACAAGCACUUCUCGAGCCAGAGGACAGCUCCUCCUCGGACUUUGUCGAGUCGCCCGAGGAGUCUUCGCCGGAGGUCUCCGACUCCGAUGGGGGACACCCUUCGAGUGGCCCCGACGAUCGGCGCGGAGCUGGCGAGGCGUCUCCGUCCCUCACUGUGACGUCGGGUGCCUCCGGAGAGCUCGACACCACUGGGGUGCUUGCUGCUGGUCCGAGCUCGCCUGCUUCCUCCCCGGCAUCGGUCGGGUCACGCCGGUCCUUGGGCAUUGCCGCGGCGUCGCCGCCGUCACGGGCGGCUACCACUGACUUGGCUACCGCUGACUCGGAGGCUAGCGAGGAGGACUACCUCGAGCGGUACCGUGUUCCUGUGUCCAGCCUCCCUCCGUCCGCUGCCCCAGGCGGACACCCGGGCAGCGCCGGCUCCUUGUCGGCGGCUGCCCUUUCUCCGUCCGCGGCCGCCCGCUUUGUGGCGGCAGCGGACGUCUCGACUGACAGUGGUCAGUCGGCUGCCUCCGGGUAUCGCGUGCUGCUUGUCUGCGCGGCUUCUCGCUUGGGCUGGCGAUGCCGCGUCUGGGUGCCAGCAGUGCUGGUUCUUUUCGGGCUUGUGUUUUGUGUGUGUUUGUGCAGCUUCUCGCUGUGGACUGUGUACCUGCCGGUUCAGCUUGUUCCUGCUUUGUUUUGCUUGAGGCACUUUUUAUCUUCUGCCAGUAAAUCCUAUCUAUCGUCUCAGGAGUCUGAGCCUGCUCCUCCGCCGCGACCUACGCUGUCCCUCACCUCUGCGAGCGAGCGCCAAAGACAGUUGGCGAUUCAUCAGUUCACUGCGGGUGACCUUCAUCGGGCGGUACGGACACUACUGAGCUCCGGCAUCUACAGGGCUGAAUCUUUCGCUGAUCUUCUUGCUGAAGCACAAGAGAAGUUCCCUGAUGGUGCGUCGCCUGCCUUUGGAAGUGCUUCCGCGGAUCAUCUCACCCAGCAAGCGCUUGCAGUACUGCAGGUGGAUUUGACUGACAUCCUCGACACCACUAGCCUGAUCCAGGCGAUCAAGCGCUACAGCUCCUUUGCGGGGACCGAUGACCAAGGGUGGAGGAUUCGGCAACACCUGUCACCCCUUUCUAGUCAUCCUGCAGCUUUGAAGCUCUACUGCAAACAUAUCCUCCAAGGGGUCCUUCUUGGCCAAAUGCCGGAUCUUCUUAUUCCUGCCCUGUCAGCCAUUCGUCGAGGAGGCAGAUUUAUUCCCCUCUCCAAGGGAGCUGAUAAACCUGGUCUCCGGCCAAUUGUCAUCGGUUCUGCACACCGUCGACUCGCGACGAAGCUUGCUUUGGCAGCGAUUCGCUCAUUUCUUGACCAGCACUUCCUCUCGUCUCACCCUCGAGCGAUUCAGUUCGGACUCGAUCGAGACGGCUGUCUGAAGUUCUCGCAAACCGCGUCAGCGCUCCUGCCCCUUCACGCUCGCGGUGAUGAUGAGGAUGUUGCCAACCCCACAGUGCUGGUGAGUUUGGAUGCAAAGAACGCCUUCAACUCCCUCGACCGCCAGGCUCUCUUCGAUGCAAUCGAGGGACGUGCGAGUCGCGACUACUUUGAUGGGAGCAUCACUGAAGGCGCAAGCUUGCCCUCUUGCGAGCAUCUCCGAUUGUUCGCCUCCUACCUCUCCAGCUACUAUGGAGACUCUGCUGACCUUCGACUCUUUCACAAAAGUCAGUCAGCCUCCGUUCAGUGUACCUCGGGCGUCUGUCAGGGCGAUGUCCCCUCCAGCGUAUUUUUCUGCCACAGUAUCCACCCCCUGCUCCUCCAUAUCGCAGAGCUUUUUCCCUCUGUUCGAGUCUUGGCCUAUGCUGACAACGUCGUGCUUGUCGGUCCACUCGAGGAUGCCGUUGCAGCUACGUCCGCUAUGAAGAAGUACAUGUUAGCUGAUCUGAAGCUAGAGAUUCAACCUCGCGAGUCGAAAGUUUACAUCCCCUCCUGGCAUCAACACCCUGAUCUCUCGCAGCUGAAGAAGAGCCUUAAGCGCCGUCUCAAGACUCAACUUCUUCACUUCGAGCUCCGAGCGAAGGUUUCUACCCUCAACGAAGAGCUCUCGAAGCUCGGGCUCGUCCAGCAUGGCUUCAUGUUCAAGACGCUGGUGAGGGCGAGCCAUCUUCAGAAGCUGCGCUUCUUCCUCCAGGGGUCUUCUCCGUUUCUCCCGCGGGUCCAAUCACAGAUUCGUCGCUUUGACCUCUCUGUCCACCUGGCGCUUGAGAAAUACCACCGCUGGCCUUCCUCGCAGUACCUUGCCGCGCAUCCCGACCUGCUAGAGUUUGCGAGGUUCAAGCGGGAGCUUCCGCAUAGUCGGGGAGGGGACGAGUUCACGCCCUCUGAGGGUCUACACCCCGCUGUUUACUAUACGGCUAUCGCUCGCUUCCUCGCUUGGUACUCUGACCAGCCCAUGUCACGGACCUUGCCCUCUCCUCAUAGCCUGGACGUUCACUGCUCGAGAUCUCUCCGUGCCCAGAAGCAUCCUCUGGCGACCUUCUUCGUUGAGGCGCACGACUUCGUUCAUAAUGCUGGAGCGAUCCUCUACCGUCGUGUCAAGGCUCCUGCACCGGCUGCAGAUGGUGCGGCGAUCCCACCUGCCCCGGCUGCUGUGCCUGAUGAUGCAGGACGCCCCCCGGCAUCUGUGGUACACAUCCCUGGUUUGCGCGCUCUCGUCGACUCGUCUCAUGAGCACUUCAUUCCUCCCCCUGCGCAGCGAAAUGUGACUCCUCUUGUCAUGCGCGUCUUCCCUCGCCAUGUGCAUGCUCGCGCUGCGCUGACCGAUCAGCAGCGUGAUAUCCUCACCUUGCACAGCCGCAGGACACACUCGCUCAAGUCGCAGGAUAGGGUCUUGCAGUCUACCAUCUUCGCUCAUUUUCCUGAGCGAGACCUGAGCCACUCUCCGAUGCGAGUCUCGAGCUACUACCCCCUCAAGGCCUUCCCGCACCGCUAUGCUCAGAUGCUCGACUGCUAUCUCCAUGGCAUGCCGAUCUGCCAGUGUCCGACGGAAUACCUGCAAACGCCGGGCGGCCGAUCCUCCAAGCUUCCCACGGCGCAUGACAACCUUACUCGUACGAUUCGGUCGAUGCUGAACGAAGCUGGUCUUCAGAGCGUCAUCGAUACAGGGGGGGUGAACAAGCUAAACCUCCAGGCACACAGUCCACAGCGACUUUAUAGGAUUUACUCGCAGAAGGUACACAGUCCACAGCGAGAAGCUGCACAAACACACACAAAACACAAGCCCGAAAAGAACCAGCACUGCUGGCACCACAGCGAGAAGCUGCACAAACACACACAAAACACAAGCCCGAAAAGAACCAGCACUGCUGGCACCCAGACGCGGCAUCGCCAGCCCAAGCGCGAAGCCGCGCAGACAAGCAGCCUAAGGGUCAAGCAAUCAAGCAACAAGCAGCAGGAGCAUGCAUGA